AACUACUGUCAACUUUAGUAUCCUUUAGAGCGGAUAUGCCGCCUUCUAACCCUCCCCCGCUUCCUGUCCCAGACUGGUUCGGCACAGCUUCCCAGCCCCUAUCACCAGCAGACUCCCAAGAACAGGGGUACGUCAUCAAACUCCUCGUCCAUGGUCGCACUCGCCGUCUCGUAUUCCCCUCCCAGCCGGGGUUUGCAGACAUCGCUCGCAAGGUCCAGGAUAUGUUCUUGAUUCCUGCUGAGGAUGUCGGCCUGAGGUAUAUCGACGCUGAUGGCGAUUGCAUCACGUUGAAUACCGAAGAGGAACUGCAGGAGGUUUAUGCGUCUAACGUUGGACGUGUCAAGUUCACUCUCGACGACCUUCGCAUGUGGCGCCAAGGUAUGUCCCUGCCGCAGGCGGUGGAAGCCACCGUCACCCCACCGGCAGCUGUCACCUCCCCGGUUGUGGAGGAGCUGCCCGAGACGGAGGAUAUAACUGAAGCUCCGGUCGAGGAGACAGCAGACAAGCACGACAGGCUGUCGACUCGCUCUGAUAGCUGGGAAGACCUUACUGCAGGUGCGACCUGCGAGGCCAAUGUCAUCUGGGCUCGGACAGCCAAGUCGGUAGAGGAAUGGCAUGGCACUGAGGCGGUCAUCUCUCCUCCCUCGCCCGGUCCUGUCCCUGUUCUCGUUAUUCCCGAGGAAAAGCCAGCGGUGAUCGACGAGUACGACCCGUUUGCCGACCACUACGGGCUCAUUUGCGAUCCCGAGGUGUUCGCGCCCGAUCUGAAAGCUUAUGGCACCGAGUCGAAGGACGAGCAGGAGAAGAAAAUGUCCAUCGAUUUCCUCACCGGUGCGACGGAAGACGACCACGAGAGCGUUAAGGACGAGCCGGAGAGCACGAUCAAGGUGGACAAGGGCAAGGGCCGUGCCGUCGAGCCUGUCUCACCGGAAGUAGAGAGGAAGAACAUUGUCAUCGAAGAUGAGGAAGCUAUGGAUAUCUCGGAUGACGAAGAUCGCUAUGCCCCUUAUUCGCCGCUUAUGAGCGCACCUGUGCAUCCUUACUUCGUGGGCUCGCCUGUCCAUGUCGAGCCGCUCAUCGACGUCGCCUCGCCGGCGUCGAGCGUGAUCGUUCUUUCCGACACCGAUGCCGAGGUCGAGACCGCCGCUGAGCCGCAGGAGUUCCCCGACCCUCCCCUACCUACUUUCCCAUCGGCGCCUACCUCCAAGCCCGGCCCUGCCCGUCCCUCGUUGGCAAACGACGUCUCCAUCCUCCUCUCCAGCGUAUCAGACGUGCUUUCCUCCCACCCCGAGCUCUCAGAAGGCUUCCGCAACCUCAUGCGCAACGCGCGCAAGGCUGAAUACUGGCAGGCCGCGGCUGACGAAGCCAGGGCGGGCGAGUUUGGAGAGAGCGCGCAGAGGGUGAGUCAGGCUGCGCAGAAGCUUGGUGAUGCUCUUGCUGGGUUGUUUGGCGCUCUCAGCUUGGAUGGUAUCACCAACCCUGCUCUUGCCACCGCCACUGCGGAAGGCGGGGGAACGACCAGUGUCAACGCCACACCCGACCCCGACAGCACAGACGAAGAUGACUGGCCGUGGAUGCAGCCCUUUCCUGGGAUGAACCGCCCUCGCGGUCCAUUUCCCUACCGUGCAUUUCGCGGUGGACGGCGGGGCGGUUUCAGGCGGUUUAUGCCCGACCCUAGCCUAGGCGGGGUUUGGGUACGUCCGCCUAUGCCCCCACCCCCACCUGUUCCUCCUCUGCCGCCUAUCCCGGUCAUGCCUAUCGCAUCCUUCUUCCCCACGAGGACCACCGAGGACUGGUGCGGCAACAACAUCCGUAAUUUCCCUCCUCCGCCCGGUCCUCCUGCUCCGCCUCCGCCCCCACCCCCGCCGCCUCCGGGGUAUCCUACGCCACCCCCACCUCCUGGCCCUCCUCCGGCGAGGGGCCCGCCGCCGCCUGGCCCUCCCCCGCGUGCUCCGGGGAUGCCAGGAUCCUUCCCUCACCCACCGCCACCACCCCCUCCGCCUCACCCUCAUGAUCCUUUCGGCCCCCACUCACCGCGUGGGACUCCACCCCCGCCUCCUCCAGGGCACACGCGCCCCGGCCACCCAGCGCCUUACCCUCCCCCCGGCAGAGGGUGGACCAUGCCCUGGCAGCCUACCCAACCAGGUGACGAGUCCGACCGCACGUGGGAUAGACCCCGCCCACAUUUUCGUCCUCCCCGGCCUCAUCGCGGGCCUUUCUAUGGCGCUGACCGACCUGUCCCGCCUUUCCCGUUCGACACGCCCUACGGGAUGAAUAUGGGCAUGGGCCCUGGCUCUGGUAUGGGCAUGGGCAGGCAGGGCGAAUGGCUCCACCGUGCGGGGCAUCAUCAUGAGCCUCCCUUCGGCAGGCCUGGGAGGGGCGGGAGGUGGCAUCACGGACGUGACGCUGCUGGUGGACCCGCUCUCGGCGCAGGAAGGAGGCGCAGAGAUGUUCCUCCCUACCGUCAGCCACAGCGUCCGCAAGAGGACCCAGCUGGCUGGGGCGCGAACAGUGAGUUCGCCUGGAGUACCCAGGCUGAGCGAGCCCACACACCCGAGGAACUCCCCGACCGGAACCCUCUCAGCCCGCUAGUAGUACCUUCCAGCCCUGAGCCAGAGGUCGCGAACGAGAGAAACGAGGGUGACGUCCCCGGCGCACCUCGCUUUGCACCCCGUCAUCCUAGGAAUGCGUGGACUGCUCCACCGUCCCCCCCGCCUAUCAACACUGGUCCUGACCACUUCUGGGGAACGUUCAAGCCCCCAUUCCCCCCAUUCCCCGUACCUGAUCUCGACAUGUCCAGGUCGUCUAAGCCGACACCGGCAAAGCCUGCUGGUAACAGCGCCCCUCAAUGGCCGACACCGGCAUGGGAUGGAUGGAGGUCUUGGCCACAGCCUAGUCUGUUCGCCACGUCGCCUUUCGCGUCUACGUACACUGCACCCGGGGCCACUUCCACCGGUGCUCCAGUGACCGAAGAUGACCGUCGCCAGAAGGCUGAGGAGGCGGAUGGGAUCCGCGUUCGCCCUCUGUCGCCUAUACCGGUCGCCGUCCCACCUCCUACGACUUCGAUGCCCGUUCCCCCAGCUCCAGUUCCUGUUUCCAUCCCUUCUGUGCCUGCCGUACCUCUCAUGCGCAGCAAGACCAUCCCGGGGAUAAGCAUUACCAAGAGCACGCGGUUCGCCGAUGAAGAACAUGCGAUCCCCCCUUUCCCAUCCUCGGACUUUGCUACCGGUGCUGGACUGGGCAGGAGCUCCAGCGUUGCCGACCUUCAUGCUGCUGCGCCUCGGGGAUUCGGGCCCCGCAUGAGGAGAGGGACCAGCGUCCGCGGGCUGGAAAGUAAUGCCGCUGCAGGCCCAAGCACAGAAAGGACGUUGCCUCUCAGGUUGAGGCUCAAGGCCCGUCUUAUCGAGAUGGGCUUCACCGACCACCCUUCUCAUCUCGUCGGCUACAUCAACGACGCCAUUGAAGCUGAACCACGGGGCACGGUGACGAUGGAAGAAUAUGAAGAGAAGCUCGUCACCGCCGUUGUGGAACGUGUCCUCCGCGCGAACGGGCACGGCUCCGAAGAGGAAUCUGCCACCAUGCCAGGCAGGUGGGGAUCCAGUGCUAUCUGAUUUUUUCUCCUUUCGAAAACAACCACAAAAUAGGUAAGUGCAAAAACAAUUCUCGUAUCGUGUCGUGUAUCAUGCGCAAAGCGCGUUCCCCCCCAUAUCGAGUGGGAGGUCAUGUCUGUAAGUAAACAUGUAAAAUACCUGUUAGGCAAUGUGAACACUG